AGAGAAAUAUGAUCGGACUAUUCGGUGAGUUUAAUACUUUUUGUAAUACUACUUUAAUAUAAUUAUCUUUUCAAUCUAAAUUUGUUCUAUUUCGUUUGAAAAUGAAUAAUAUGAUAUAACAUUGAUAAAAAUAAUAAGAAAAUGAAAGAGAAGAGAACGGAAAGACAGAUUUUCCUAUCGAUAUUUCAUCUGUGCAGGGCUAAUACGCUUCAUUAUGCCAUCAUGAUCGAGACGUCAGUUUUAUCGAGCAUUUUAAAUUCCCUUUUAACUGACUUACGAGCGAAAACGUUGCCCUUUAGAGCCUGGAUACCUUACGAUUAUUCUUCCUCAAUCGUUUUUUACUUAACUUACUUUUAUCAAAUGAUAUCGAUGACAGCCUGUUCUCUCUUUCACGUUGCAAUAGAUGCACUGUUCUGUGGAUUUUUAUUACAAAUUUGUUGUCAAAUAGAUAAAUUGAAGUGUCGAUUGAAACGCUUAAACUGUGAUGGUCUCGACGGUCUUCGAAAAUGCAUUCAACAUCAUUAUCAAAUUUAUCGAAUCGCUGAAAAAGUGAACGAAGCUUUUGUUAUGACGAUAUUUUCUCAAUUUUUCAUCAGUUCAAUAGUCCUUUGCUUGAGCAUGUUCGAGCUACUUAAAAAUGAUCUACUGAGUACAGAAUUUAUGGCCCUGAUAAUAUAUUUGUCAACUUUAUUAGUACAAAUUUAUAUUUUUUGUUGGUACGGCAAUGAAGUGAAAUUAAAGAGUGUUCACAUUGCCGUCGCAUUUGCCGAGUCAAAUUGGAUGUCGUUAGAUAAUAGUUCGCAAAAAAUGAUUCUAAUAAUGAUGCAACGUGCAGCAAAUCCCAUCGAAUUUGUUAGUGGAUAUUUUAUUACCGUAAAUCUCGAUACCUUCGUGAACUUGAUCAAAACCUCCUAUUCGGCAUAUAAUGUUCUUCAAAAAGCGCAAUGAAAAAGGCGAAUAUUCGAAAACUUAAAAACUACUUACGUGUAUGUA